AUGUGGCCGUUCUAUAAUCAGGACGGAAUUUCUUCUCCAAAGCAUCCAGCACAAUGGCUUAUAUUGGCUAGCUGUGAUCGAUGUUUGCAUAAGGAAUUACCGUUCGUACCAGUAUCCAUACAACCUCAACUUCGUGAUCAAGAGACUCAGGCGGAUGCAUUGCCGGCACCGCCAGCACUUCAGCAAAUUGUGCAACUGCCACCACAACAACCGAUUAUCGAGGAGCACGCGUUUAAACAAACUACUACAAAACGAUCUGUCGGUAACGAUUUCAGUGACAAAGAUGAUGACAUUGUAGGCAAACCGGUUCGAUUUGCAGUCCGCUCUUUGGGUUGGACUGAAAUUCCAGAGGAAGAUUUAACGCCUGAAAAAAGUUCGCGAGCUGUUAACAGAGCCAUUGUGGAUUUGAGCACGGGACGAAACGAUAUUCUGGAUAAUGUUUCUAAGUGGGGAGAUGGUCGAGAACUCAUAAUGGAAUUAGACGAUAGUGAUUUGACGUUAAUUGAUCCCGAUACGAUGUCUGUGGUACAUACUGAACGAAUGCAGCAUAUUCGAGUUUGGGGAGUUGGGCGUGAUAAUGGCCGAGAUUUCGCAUACGUUGCACGAGAUCGAAAUUCGCGUCGUUUUAUGUGUCAUGUGUUUCGAUGUGACACACCGGCAAGAACUAUUGCAAGUACCUUACGUGAUAUCUGCAAACGACUGAUGCUUCAGCGACGACCAAAUAAUUUGGGCUCUUUGGAUUAUGGCGAAAAGAGGCUCAUUGCUAGGGAUACAUAUUUACCAACUCCAAUCGAGGAGCCAAAAAAAACCAUUCGGUGUCAUUUCCUGGGCGUUACACAGGUGCCUCGAGCCACAGGUAUUGAAGUCCUUAAUGAAGCAGUCGAUCGACUUGUAUCACAGGUUCGAGCAGACAGGUGGAUACUAGCGAAUGUUUCCAUAGCUCCAUCUACAAUAAUAAUAAGUGAAGUGAACGGUAAUCAAAUUGCUCAGUGUAGAGUGCGGUACUUAUCGUUUUUGGGGAUUGGGCGAGAUAUCAAACAUUGUGCGUUUAUAAUGAGUACAUCGUCGGAGAAUUUCAUGUGCUACGUGUUUCACGUGGAACCAUCUGCAGGUCCAAUGGCUAAAACCAUUGAAGCUGCUUGCAAACUGCGAUAUCAGAAGGUUCUCGAUGCUCAUGCUGGUAGACAAGCACCAUCGAAUGGAAAAAGUUGGAGCGAUUCAUUAUGGAAUGCAGUAGGUAACGUACGCGAUCGUUUUUCGACAUUGUCGCGUUGA